AUGAAUCGAGAUAUAUUAUAUACUUGCGAUGUAAACAACACAAAAAAUAAUUUUUCACGAACUCUAUAUUUGUACAACAAAAGAUUAGUGAUCAGCAGCACAUAAUAAGAUUAGACCACCAAUGAUGCUGUUUAAGAAAAAAGAGAUAGAUCAAUUGACCUUAGUUCUUUAUCAACUACAAUAGCUUGGAUAUUUAAGUAUUUUAUAUAACAUAAAGAAUAGUGAAAAAGAAAUUUUAGGUUUUAAAGUUUCAUAUUAUUGUCGAUUUGCUAAUGCUUAAAAGUCUUUAACUUAUAGAGGUGAGGCAUAAAAAAUGAAGUAAUUAAAGAAUUUACUUGAUUGUAAAGUUUUGUACACAGACUUUAAUAAUGAUUAUUUGUUUGUUAGUUCCUUAUUAUCAAAAGAAGAUGUUGAGGUACUAAUUUUAGAAAUUUAUUGAUUAGAUAUUAAAAUAUGUUCAAAUAGCUACAGGAGAACUAAAAUUAGUAAAAAAAGUGAAUAUAAAGAUGAAUUAAUAAGUAUUCUUUAUAAAUUUAUUUUAGCUGAAACUUCAACAGGAGAUUAAUAUUGUUUAUGAAUUAAAUCAAUAAAAACAUAAAAGUAUUCUCGAAAUUGAUGAAAUUUAUAAGGAAUAAAAUGAAAUCAUAUUUAUAAUGAAAUAUUGUAAAGGAGGAACUCUAUAUAAUUAUAUAUUAGAAAGAAAUUAUUAAUUUGAAUAAUCAGAGAUAAAAUGUAUCAUGAAAAGACUAUUAAAAGGAGUGAAACAUUUACAUAAAUUAGGAAUUAUUCAUAGAGAUCUAAAAUUAGACAAUAUCGUUUUUGAAAAUGAAAAUGAUAUCAAAUCUAUUAAAAUAAUCGAUUUUGGAUUUGCUGUUGAAUUUGGUUAUUAAAAUUUAAUAAGAUGUGGUACACCUGGAUAUAUGGCUCCUGAAAUUUUAAAUUAAGAAGAUUAUGAUGAAUUAGUUGAUAUUUAUAGUUUAGGAUGUGUGUUUCAUUCUUUAUUAUCUGGAUAAAAAUUAUAUCCAGAAUAUAAGGAUAAGAAUCAUUUAAUAUUUUUAAACAAGUUAAACAAAUUUAAAGUAUCUUCAAAGAUUAUUGAUACUGAAUAAAGAUAGCUUCUACUUUUGAUGAUUGGACACAAGAAGCAUCGACCUUCAGCUUCUCUUUGUCUGAAACAUUAGUUUUUCAGAAAGAAAUCUGAAAUCUCUCAUCCAAUAGAAAAUUAUGUAAAAUCAUUAAGCUUUCCAACUCUAAAAAACCCUUUUAGAAGUUAAUCUAUAAAGUAUUGA